UAGUGUCAGCACAUAUUUUAGAGAGAAGCAGUUUGCACUGGAAUAUACAUUUGGUUUGUGCGCCUUGUGGAAUGAAACAGAUCAACGACUGUGAUCAGCAAGACAGGAAGCAUUGUGGUUGCCAUUUUUGAAAUACUACAGGAAUCGUUUAUUCUAUGUCCGGAGAUAUGAACAAUGAAAAAGUAAUUUGAACUGAUUAUGUUUUCACCAACUGGAAGUGUCUGAAAAACGAAAUUUCUUCUACAUUCUACACAGCCGGGAAUUAUUGAACAAAUUUAUAUCCUUCUAAUUGGGAGAAUUGAGCACUGGAACACAUUACAAACGUGAAGUGGUUCCCUGCAUUGGUAAUCAUCAUCGCUUAUGCUAUGAUUUGACAUGAUAUGAUUGGUGUGAAGCUCAUUCUUGAGGUCUCCUCGCAGUGAUAGUGACGUUGCUGGAAUAUUGCUUCAAACAGUGUAUUUAUUAUUUAUAACUAACUGUCAGCCAAAAUGUUUAGAAAGGUAAAGCCAUCUACAGGUGAGAUUUCAUCUCAACGUCCAGACGAGCUGUCCACAGUUUCAGCCUCAUUCUUUAAAUAUUUACGUAUCAUUUCUUGUCUCGGAGGAAUCUAUCGUCGUGUGAGCCCUGGGGAGAAAAUGACAUGGUGCGACAGACUUAAACUUGUGUACGUCAUAUUUGUUCAAAUAGUUUUUAUGACAAACGUUAUCUUCUUCCUCAUUGUUACUUACAACUAUACUAUAGACUCUAAACCAGUUGCACGUCUUCUGUCGUUCUGUGCUGUAAUGUUAAUAGAUUUGUACUUGUCUUUCGUCUACAGUAUCUUUCUGUCAAAAACAUUCCAACUGUUGCAUGUUCGUUUUUGUAAGUAUGAGGAACGGUACGGAUUCAGUGUUGGAUUCAAGAAGUGGGUGAAGAAGUUGAGGGCAAUCCUUAUUGUCGACGUUUUAUUCACGACAGUAUUUGGUCAACUAAAAUACUCCAUGGUGCAAAACUAUCCUGUAGUUAUGAACGAUAUAUACCCUACCAUUUCUUUUAUGGAACCUUGGAAAUCUGUUGGCUUAGUUAUAACGUCCAUUGGAUACAUAUUAGUAGAAAUUCUGUGGCUAACCAAUUAUGUUGCUAUACCAUUCCUUUCGCUGUUUUUGUGGCAAGAGUUUAACCGUGUUGAAACACAAUUCCAGGAACUUGCAAACAGUCAGUGUGAAGACACUGAAGCGUGGUUCAAUACCUUGGUAAUUCAUCAUGGCCAUGUAACUGAAGUGCUUGAGGAUAUCAACAACUAUGUGCAACACUUUAUUUUCACUACUGUAUUCAUGACUUUGCCUGUGACUUGUGCCAUAAUACAUUCCAUUUUAUCCAAGUCAGUCAAUUCUGAAGAAGUGAUAGUUUAUAGCACAGGGUGUGUUUGGGCCCUUCUGUGUGUAGGCUUGAGACUGCUCGUUGAUGCACUGGUCAGUUCAAAGGCUCACGGGACUCUACAGUACGUAUGGAGGCUUGAUAAAGAACGUUUCUCUGGCAUAGGGCUACAGAAGAUGAACCUGUUUGUGUCAAGAUUGACGGGAGACACUAUCGGCUACAACAUUCACGGCCUCUUUACCAUCACCAUGCCAACACUCCUUGGGAUUGUCGGAACACUGGUCACCUACAUAAUUGUGGUUGUACAGUUCAAGCCAACAGAGCCAACGUGUCAGUGUGGCGUGUUUAGGAAUGUCACACAUAGUGAUAUGUGAUUUUGAACACGAUGUGUAACAAAAUGUGUAGAUGUGUAAGCUUCUAUAAUCACUACCUUCAGUGUGUCAUCCUUACUUUCUUGUCAUACCUAGCCUCUUACCUUCUUGAGAGGGAAUGCUAAGGAGGUGCAUCAAUAGCAUUGUAGGGAUGUCACCACCCAGUGAAUUACGUGACGAAAGACACUCGUCUCGGCAUAUGAUGAAUACAUACUUGUAUCUCGUUAUAAAGCUGGCAGCCAACUUUGACAAGAAAUGUAAAGAAUAAACAUGUGAUUCAUGUUUGAUUUUCAUAAUACUAGUAUUCUCAAUAUUCUAUGAGUAAACAAAGGUAUUAUCUAAAUUUGUUUCCUAUUGCAUGACUGAUUUUGAAUUUGUGAUUGACAGUGAGAUAAGUGGAAUAAAUUGGUAAAAUGCUUGGAACUAAGGUAUUGAUUCUAUUCCGACUCUUCUUGUUCCAGAAUGAAAACUCUUGAGCUGUGUAUUCGCCAACCAUUCUGAUCACUUACAUAAAAUUUGAUUUCAUGUGCACAUAUGGCAUUCGUUUCAACAACUGCAUCAUGAAUAAAUGAACCGCUUAAA